AUUUAAAGACUUUGGUUGAGAACAGGGUGUAUACCUUGCUGCAGGCAGUUGUAGAGUCGCAUGAAUGUGACUGGAUAAGUCGUUUAGUUAGGCUUUUGCGACUUACACCAGAACCGGCAACAAAAGAAGGAGUUUGUGUCUAAGUUUGUGCGAUUUUUAACAUUCCUCUUGUAAACAAACAUGAUCACGAGGAGCAUUGCAGUUCUGUUCUGCUUGGCCUUUGCUGCAGUACAAAUCAGAGGGCAAGAUUUUGACUUGGGUGAUGCACUUGAUGAGGAACGUGAGACUACACCAUCUAAGAAGUUGGUUGGUGACAUUGGUCCUACUAAGCCUCCAACGAAUCCAGCACCCAAACCAAAUCCAGAUGGAGGGGAUUCCAGCUUCGAUUUAGGAGAUGCUCUUGGACCUGAUGAUUCCCCCAAACCAACUCCUAAACCUCAGCCCGGCGGUGGUGGUGGUGACGGAAGGGAGUUUGGAGAUGCUGACCUUAUAGAUGGUGGAAAACCACUGCCCCCUGAUGAUGAUCCUCCACACUCAGGUGGACAAGAUACAAAUGAGGGAGGACAAAACCAAAGUGUUCUUGCUGGCGUACUGAGUGCUGUAGGUGUGGCUAUUGUGGGAGCAGCAUCAAGCUUCUUUGCAUAUCAGAAGAAAAAACUAUGUUUUAAGCAAGAAGGUGAUCCAGAAAAUGUAAACAUGGACGAUAAAAGAGCCGAACAAGCAGACCCACAAGCACAAAAUGCUCUUCUUUCAAAGUGAUCAAGAAACUAAGUUUUCAGAUAUCUACAGAAACGAUGCUCGGAUGACCAGAAUUCUUGGAAGAGAGAUCAUAAAUAUCAAGGAUAAAAAUGGGACUAUGUUAAAGUGAAUGACAAUUUAUGGAAGGAAAUAUAUAGGGUGGCAAAAUUGGACUUUUUUGUGGACUGCCCUUUUAAUUAUGUUUUUGCCUGUUUAUCGGUCCGGAUGUAGAAUAACAGAAAUUGUAUAUUCUCUAAAGUUUUAACUUUAAUGCCCCUUUUUAAGUUUCAUCAAGUUAGUGAUGUUUUAUCUUUGUUCUUUGUAUACUGCUUAACACCAACUAACAUGUCAAGAUCAUUUUAAUUUUUAUAUAUUUUUUUAUUUUUAUUAUAUGAUAGUGUCUUUUAUAAAACAACAAAUAUAGAAUAAUAGACACUGAGGAAGCCAUCUGAGAGAAAUGUUGUUUUAUCCUUUAUAAUAUGUAGUUUUUACAUAUACACUAGCAUGUUUACAUGAUAAUAGGACGGGUUUUUGUUUUUAACUCUGUACAUCAUUUUGCCCAUUUAAGUCUCCUGUAUUGCUUUGCAUUUUUCCAUCUUUCUUUUUUUGUAGCCCUGACUUUUUCUCACUUUCCCUGUGUCUCUUCCCAUUAAAAAUUUGGUAUUUUGAUCCCUGUCUUUCUCAUGGGACCCCCCAA